AUGGUGGCCCCGGCCGCUGCUACCCCCUUCUGGCAAGAGGUCCUUGGUUGCUACGUUGUGAACUCGGGUGAUGGUGCGACCGGCAAGAAGAAGUGCAUGCCCGCCCUGGACGACUACUACGAGUGCCUUCACCACCGGAAAGAGGCUCUCCGCACAAUGAAGAUGCAAGCUGCCUACCGUAAGGCCGAGGCCGCACACCCGCGAGAGAACGCCCCCAAGGCCGAGCAAAUCCGGAGCCUGGGUCUACUUGGGAAGGAAGAGGAGGCAGCUAAUGUGCUGAGCCAACGGUGA